CUCAUUCGCAGAAAAAUCUGCUGCAUGCAAUCACCACUAAAUAAUCAACAAAAAUUAAUGAGUUGUCGACAACAUUAGAAAGACUCUUAGUGCCUCCUCCACAAUCAUCUCACGUCAUGUGUCAUAAACGUAAAGAAAUGAUAACAAAAAUGACUGCGACUGAGUGCACAACCUCCACAAAAUGAGUCGCAGUUGAAUGCUAAUGAGCAUUAUCAGCCCAGACCGAUAAAUUUCAUCAAUCAAACGAAUAAAAAAUCCUCGUCAUACAUCAACGUUAUCUACUAUGUUGUUGACAUUAUUCUACAUGAUAUCAACGUGGGUACAAUCAUGGAGACUUUCAUCUCUGAAGGCUCGUUUAACAGCUGCCCUAAACCUUGGUCUCGAUACAAGACCAUCAAUUAUGUUUUAUAUAAAACAGGAUUUCGUCAAAGAUGACGCGAGCAAAAAUCCUGGUGUCAGUGAUAAUGGUCAAGAUUUACUGACUUCUCAAUUGUGUCGUAAUAGAACUACAGCAAAACUUGGUGAUCUUCUUUGGUGCCAAGGUGACAAGAGACUGUGCACCAUUUAUCCACUGCAAAUAAUUGACGUCAACGACUGGUUGCUCUACCCCUUCGGUCACACAGCCUUCCCCCUCUACAUGAACAACAACGGUCACUCCUUAACUACCGAAGACUCGAAGAUGUACGUGUUGAUCGAGGCUGAGAUCAACCACUUCCACCCGAACGCCUUCACAAAAAUAGUCAAGCUCGAGGACUACGGUUUAAUCGUCGCCUGGACUGUCGAAAAAACCUUCGCCUUAAUAAUCGAAACCGACCUGGACCACAUGACAAAGCUAACAAUAGCCCUGAUGCAGAGCCAGUGCUUCAUGAACAACGGAUUUCCCCUGACGAGAAUCGAGUCAGUGGAGGUCUCCGGAAAGCCCUGCAGCUACAACCUGAGUAACACCGUCCUCCAGGAUAAGAAACUCGUGGGCAAAGCCCAGUUCGAGGCGCACAUAAACCGCCUGAAGCACUUCAGCAGCACAGCCAGACACGUCUCCCAGCAAAAAAAGCCCUUCGAAGUCGAUAAUGUACCUGGCGUGAUAAUAUCCCCUGGGAACAACCCCCUGACCCUCCAAAUGCCAACAGUUCUCGAGAUAAAUCCAGCCCCAGAAGAGGAUCUGACUGAGUCCUAUGGACGUACAGAAUCCCAAGGACGUAUCACUCCCUCCACACCCCCUCCCACACCAGCUGUAUUCAGUGAUGUAAAUCAGACCACCAACACCCUGGACAACGUCUCCCUAGCCUUAACCAACAGCAUCUCUUCAAGUCAACCACACCUCAACGUCCAGAGCAAUCGAGUGAAUCCCCUGAAUACGAUGAGUCCAGUGAAUGAGUCCCUCCCAUCUCCAAGUACCUCGACAUCCUCAAGAAAUUUUACUUCUGAUUCCCACCUGGAUGUGGCUACAGAGGCAUCAAAGUACUCCCCCAGACGAGAUAAAUCUCAGGUCAAUGGAAAGUCAGAGUUUGAUGUCUCGAUGAAACCUCCUAACGUUCUAAUCCACGCAGACAGUGAAAUAGCAAGGGAAAAUAUGAAAACUGUGCUUGAGUCAACUCUCAACAGGGAUAAAUACACUAUUUACAAUCUUAAUGCUGAGGAGGCGAGGAAGGACGCCUGGGUGGGCCAGACGCGACUCGUCGUCGUCUGUGGGAACGUCGAUGGGGAGAUAAGCUCCCAAUUGCUGGAGUAUCUCGUCAAAGGGGGGAAACUGUUGACAUUGUGCUCAGAUGCUUUGCAUUCACUGCUCCCUUCCUUCAAGACUGCUGAAGUGAGGGAACACGAGCUCGUGAGGUUCUCCUAUGGGAGAUGGAGGAACGUCAGGAUGAUGCAUCACAUAUUCUGUUAUCAGGCGUCACCUGUGAAGUCCAGGUUCUCUCAGGACCACGAGGAUGGGAAGGUCAGUGCUCCACAGCCCCCGGUCUCAGCGAACGCCAGGGAUAAGGCGGGGAAGAGUCAUACAUUCCAUGUGAAGGUCCUGGGGACUGAGGAGACCUGGCAUACGCCCAGCAUUGUCCUCGCGGAUCUCCUCAGCACUGGGGGGAAAGCUGUGUUCUCCCAGAUUCAUCUGGAAGCUGAUCCCUCGCAGUAUGAGUGCGAGGAGGACAAGUUCAAAGCUCUCAAGGAGAGCAAUCAGGCCAGGCUGGAGAUCAUUGGGGAUCUGCUGGCUACACAUCUGGGGAUGGAUGUUAAUGCUGUCAUCGAGGCGCCGGUUUUUACGCCGGGGUUUUUUCUUGGGAGACAUGAGCUGAAGCUGGAGAUGCUGGAGGGCUUGAAAGAUAAAAUACAGAAUGACAUCCUCGAGACGUCUAAGAUAAAACUGCAGUUCUGUGGAGCUACAACUAAAGCUGUCCCUGCCUCAUCAUCAAUUCUGCCAAUUAUGCUGCAUCAGUGUCCUGAAAAUUUCUCCACUAUUGAGUAUUUCGAGAAUCUGAGAACCAAGGAACUGGGUCGUCUUGUCAUUUAUGGAGACGUAAUGACAUCUUCGAUGCAUGUAGUCGCUGGUCGCCAGCUGCAUCACGGACUGGUAGUUAUUCCUCGUCAGCAAACACAGGGACAAGGUCGCAAUAAAAAUGUAUGGCUCAGUCCCAUAGGCUGUGCAAUGUUCACGAUGCAGAUUCACGUGCCUGUGAAUUCUUACCUCGGUAGACAUCUAUCAAUAAUCCAGCACCUCGUCGCUGCUGCCCUUGUCUCGGCGGUUAAAUCGAUACCCGGGUAUCAGGAUAUUGACUUGAGACUGAAGUGGCCAAACGAUUUUUAUGCUGGGUCUCAGACUAAAAUUGGUGGACUCAUCGUGACGUCUCGUAUACAAUCAUCAGAAGUCAUUUGUGAUAUCGGACUGGGAAUCAAUCUUUCUAACAGCCUCCCAACGUGUUGCAUAAACGACGUGAUCAAGAAGUACAAUGAGAAGCAUAAAACAAAAUUAACACCUCUCGCUUACGAGAGUUUCCUCGCCCUUGUAUUCAAUGAACUGGAGAAUCUCUACAAUAUUGUUCAAGAUGGGAAUGUGGAGCAUUUCUACAAUCUUUACUACGACUACUGGCUACAUACAGAUGCAGACGUCAGUGUUAUAUCAGCCGAGGGUACAAAACAAGAACUGAAAAUCAUUGGGAUCGACAAUUUUGGAUUUUUAGAAUGUGAGGAUAAGAGCGGGAAGAUUUUCACAGUCCAUCCAGAUGGGAACAGUUUCGACAUGUUAGCAGGAUUAAUAACUCCCUCUCCAGCAAGAUAAUCGAUCCGAAUCAUCAGCCAGAACAAAAAGCAACAAAAUAGGUCAGAACAGAACAAAACAAGAAUCAAAAAGAAAAGCCAUAAUAAUUAAGCCAUAUUAAGUUAUUUACGGUGUGUCGUGGGAUCAUUCCAAUAGUAUAACUCCACGACAUUUCAUAUGAAUAGGCUGUUAUAAUUUAAUUCAAUGAAAGUUUCAUCAGCUAUUUAAUGCUUCCGCCAACGGCCAUACGACGCUUACCAUUAAUUGUUGAAUGUUAAGGGAACGUCGAAGGGAACGUGAAGGGAACGUUGUCUUGUACAAAGUUACUACCAAAGACACUUAUUCCUUAUAGAUGAUAGCUCAGUUUGCAGCCAUAUCUAUUUAUUGUUUCAAUUUAUUGAGGGGAGAUCAGGGGGUUUCAGUAGCGAAGCGGUAAAACGGUUCAAGUCGAUUUUGACUGUCGGCCAGUUUUCAAUGAAUAUCUCAACAUCUAGGGAAGAUAGGCAAAUUUUGGUUAUGACCUCGUUUAUGGCUCUCAAUCCGCUCUACAAAAAAGGUCAUUAUGAAAAUUUCGUUAUUCCCAUUAGAUUCGGAGAUAUGCCUCGAAAACUUAGCGAAAGGAUAAGUCGACUUGAACCGUUUUACCGCUUUAUUACUCAUUUGAAGUACAGUUUAGGUUUUCGAUCGUUAUUCCAUAGAAGAAGAUGUUUAUUGUAGAAAACAGUAGGGAAGUGGUAAAACAUUCAUUUUGGAGUUAUAUUCACUGGGUGUUGAUCAUGGGAUUUUGAUAGAUUAAUUCAAAUUUUAUUCGUUGUAUAUUUACUAAAAUUCGGAAACGAUCUGAACUUGCAUCCUAUGGAUUUUGUUUCAGAGCUUUAGCAAAUGAGUGUACGUUAUGUUGUACAAAUCAUGCAGCAGGAAUAAACCACAAUUGACAAGAAGCAAGCACACGCCUCAAUUUGAGAUUAUAAAUCUCAAAAUAAAGCGUGUUUUGUUAGGCGUAAAACAAUUUACCCGAAAAAAGAGAUUGAAAGAAGAGUGAGACUUGUAAAAGGCUCUAAUCCAGUAACGAUGCGGUAAACCGGGUUAAGUCCAUUUGGACUAUUGGCCAGUUUUUU